AUGAUGACCAAUAACCCCAGGCUGAACACUGACCCCACUCCUGGUGAUUCCACAGAUGGCAGCCACAGACAGCACCCGUGCAUGGGCAUUACUCACCCAAAUGUGACUAUUGUACCCAAGGAGUCAGCCCUAGAGAGUGGGGAGCUGGCUGGACCUGCCCCAGAGACACAGGCCCUGCAGGGCUCAGGGCCCAAUAAUGGAGCGGUACAGGGCUGGGCGCUGACCUGCCAGCAGCUCCAGGCCCUGCUACUUAAGCGCUUUCUGCUUGCCCGCCACAGCCUCCGUGGCCUGUUUGCACAGAUUGUGCUGCCUGCGCUGUUUGUGGGCCUGGCGCUGGUGUUCAGCCUCAUUGUGCCUCCUUUCGGGUAUUACCCGGCUCUACAGCUUAGUCCCAGCAUGUACGGUGCCCAGAUGUCUUUCUUCAGUGAGGACGCUCCAGGGGACACUGAGCAUGCCCACCUGCUGGAAGCUCUGCUGGAAGAGGCAGAAUUGGAGGACCCCUACCUGCAGAAUAGCUCCCACAGGGCACCUGAGUGCACACAGUCCAAUGUCUGCCGGUUCUCGAUUCCUGAGCUUCCCACAGACGUGGCCAAAGUCUUGGCCAGUGGCAACUGGUCCUUGGAGUCUACAUCCCCUGCCUGCCAAUGCAGCCAGCCUGGUGCCCGCCGCCUGCUACCCGACUGCCCUGCCAUGUCCAGUGCCCCACCACCACCCCAGGCGCUGACCAGCCCAGGUGAAAUUGUGCAGAAUCUGACGGGCCAGAACCUAUCCGUCUUCCUGGUCAAGACCUACCUGCGCCUGGUGCACCAGGGUCUAAAGAUUAAGAAAUGGGUGAAUGAAGUCAGUAUGGCGGCUUUUCCCUGGGGGGGCCGAGACAUGGGCCUGCCCUCAAGGCAUGCGGUGGGCCUCUCACUGGAGAAGCUGCAUGUGCUGCUGAGCCCCCAACCUAGUGGGACCCUUGACAGUGUCUUAAACAACUUCACAGAGGGGGCUCAUGCCCUAGACGCCCAAGACAGCCUCAAGAUCUGGUUCAACAACAAGGGCUGGCACACCAGUGCCUUUGUCAACCGAGCCAACAACGCACUCCUACAUGCCUGCCUGCCCCCAGGCCCUGCCAGCCAUGUGUACAGCAUCACAACGCUCAACUACCCUCUGAACCUCACCAAGGAGCAGCUGUCUGAGGCUAUGUUGUGAAUGGCCUCCUCUGUGGACGUGCUUGUCUCCUUCUGCAUGGUGUUUGCCAUGUCCUUUGUCCCAGCCAUCUUCACCCUUGUCCUCAUUGAGGAGCGUGUCACCCGAGCCAAACACCUGCAGUUCACGGAGGGCCUGCCCACACUCUACUGGCUUGGCAACUUUCUCUGGGACAUGUGUAAUUAAUUGGUGCCAGCAUGCAUUGUGGUGCUCAUCUUUCUGGUCUUCCAGCAGAGGGCAUACGUGGCCCCUGCCAACCUGCCAACCCUCCUGCUGUUGCUGCUACUGUAUGGCUGGUCAACCAUGCCGCUCAUGUACCCAGCCUCUUCCUUCUUCUCUGUGCCCAGCACAGAAUACGUGGUGCUCACCUGCAUCAGCCUCUUUAUUGGCAUUAAUGGCAGCAUGGCCACCUUUGUGCUUGAGCUCUUCUCUGAUCAGAAGCUGUAGAAGGUGAGCUGGAUCCUAAAACAGAUUUUCUUUAUCUUCCCGCACUUCUGCCUGGAUCAGGGGCUCAUCCACAUGGUGCGGAACCAGGCCAUGGCUAAUGCCUUUGAGCGCUUUGGAGACAGGCAGUUCCAGUCAUCCCUGCGCUGGGAGGUGGUUGGCAAGAACCUUUUGGCCAUGGUGGUACAAGGGCCCCUCUUCCUUCUCUUUCCACUCCUGCUACAGCACUGCACAUACCUCCUGCCACAACCCAAGCUGAAGCUGCUGCCCUCCCUGGGGGAGGAGGAUGAGGAUGUGGCCCGUGAGUGGAAACGUGUGGUCAAAGGGGCCACCCAGGGAGAUGUGUUGGUACUGUGGGACCUGACCAAGGUAUACCCUGGGCAGAAGACACCAGCUAUCAACCACCUAUGUCUGGGGAUCCCCCCCGGUGAGUGUUUUGGUCUGCUGGGUGUGAAUGGAGCAGGGAAGACGUCCACAUUUCGCAUGGUGACUAGGGACACACUCCUUAGCAGGGGUAAGGCCAUUCUGGCAGGCCACAGCAUGACCCAGGAACCAGUCACUGUGCACCACCACAUGGGUUACUGCCCUCAGUCAGAUGCCAUCUUUGAGCUGCUGACUGGCCGUGAGCACCUAGAGCUGUUUGCACGCCUGCGUGGUAUCCCGGAGGCCGAGGUUGCCCAGACAGCGAGCCUCGGCCUGGCACACCUAGGGCUCCCACAGUAUGCUGACUGGCCCACGGGCACCUACAGUAUAGGCAACAAGCGGAAGCUGGCAACGGCUGUGGCACUUGUGGGGGACCCGCCAGUGGUCUUUCUGGUACGUCCCACCACCGGCAUGGACCCUGGUGCACGGCAUUUCCUCUGGAACAGCUUACUGGCCGUGGUGCAGGAGGGCCGCUCCGUGGUGCUCACUUCGCAUAGCAUGGAAGAGUGUGAGGCUCUCUGCACACACUUGGCCAUCAUGGUGAAUGGGUGGUUCCACUGCUUGGGGAGCCCACAGCAUCUCAAGGGCAGAUUUGGCACUGGCCUCACGCUGACAGUGCGGGUGCCCACGAUGAGCUCUGAGCCUGCAGCAGGCUUUGUGGCAGCGGAGUUCCCAGGAGCCCAGCUACGAGAGGUGCAGGGCAGCCGCCUACGCUUCCAGCUGCCAACGGGAGGGCGCUGUGCCUUGGUUUUCUUUGGGGAGCUGGCCACACAAGGGGCGAAGCACGGUGUAGAGGACUUCUCAGUGAGCCAGACCACACUGGAGGAGGUAUUCCUAUACUUCUCUGAGGACCAGGGGAAGGAGGAGGAUGAGGAAGACCAGCAGGAGGCAGGAGUUGGGGUGGACCCCAGGCCAGACCUGCGGGGCCCCAAACUCAUCACCAGGUUUCUGGCUAAACGCAGCAUGGCAGAGACAGUGCUGUGAGCCCACUCCUCUGUGUGCUCCCCUAGAUUUGACAAAGGCAGGACAGAUGGCCUGGUGCUAGCUCCCAGGCUCCCAGAGGGGCCGCUGCCCUGGAAGAAAUAAAGCCAUCGUGUGAAAAUUAAAGCUGUAGUAUGAAACCGUGUGCCCGUGUUUCUGUGUGCUAGGCUGCA